AGAGGCUCGAUGGGGACGGACAGGGCACCCCCGCGCGCCUGCCGUUGACUCUGCAAUGAAUUAAAAUUUGUAAAUUCACUUUUAGUUUAAACAACAACGCGACAUUUCGUUGGACGUUCGCAGCGUGUCGUUGUAAACGCAACGCCACACACAGUCGGCGGGUUCAUGUGUUUAAAAAUUCGUUACACCGCUCUGCAUCGCUUCUCGCGCGGGAUGAGCGCCUCGACUAGCUAGGCCGCGGUCGCAUGAGCCGUACGCCCACGUGACGGCGCGCGGCCGCUUGCGCCAUGAAGCGCGUACGCAGCGAGCAGCUCCAGUCGGCCGUCAACCAACUCCUCAAGCGGCGCCACUACACCGAGUCGGAGCUGGCUCAGCGGCAGAGCUUCCGCGGCUGUCAGUCGGCCGAGGAGAUGGCGGCCAGCAUGGCAGCCCAGCUAGAGAGUGGGCCUAUGAACGCAGUGUCAUUUGGUGUCUAUGAGCCCAACCCCUCGCACUAUGAUCGCCAGUUCAACGCACUACGCCAAUUUGUCAAUGAGCUGCGCGGGGAGGAGCGCGUGGAGCUGCAGACGUUGAUGAGCGCCCUCUCGCUGGCGCUGUGCGUGGAGCUCGCGCUCGGCGGAUGGCGCUCUGCCGCCGAGGCGUUCCACGGGCGCCACGUGGGGCCCGUCGCCCACACUCACGAGCAGCGGCUCCUGGCCGAGCGGCUGGGUGCAGCGCUCUCGCGGCAGGACGUGGGCUCGGACACGUGCGUGCGCACGCUCACGGAGCACAAGCUGUGCGUGGAGCUGGGCGUGGUGGCGCACGGCCGCCUGAUGCGCCACCUGUUGCAGGGCGAGCACGGCCUGCUGCUGCGCGCCGUCAGCACGCACCUGCGGCUCGACGUGCGGGCCCAGGCGCGCAGCUCCGCGGCGGGGCUCGAGCUUUAUAGCGACGGCACCGGCGGCAGUGGGGGGGGCGGUGCGAGUGCCAGGGCCGGAGAAUCGGCAGCAGCUGCAGGGGGGCUAACGGCUGACGGUGACCCAGAGAUGAACGCCCUCCCGCCGGACGAGGUCUCGCUGGAGCUGCUGCAGGACAGCAUCCGGCGCGUGCGCGAGGGGCCGCUCAACGCCGCCACCGUCUGCCUCUACGGCUUCAAGGACGACUCAACGCCACCCGGAACCACCACCACCACCACUCCCGCCGGCUCCGCCUCUGGGUCUGGCGCCGGCGGGACCAGUGGCGUUGCCGCGGCCGCCACCUCUACCACCGCCUCCAGCCUCGGCGUCGGUGGCAACAGCAGUAACAGCGGCGUCGGCGGCGGUGCAGGUGGCCCCGUGAUCGCCAACGCCACUUCGCCACAACCGGGAUCGUCGGCUUCCUCGGCCGCCGCUGCCGCCACUGCUUCCACCACCACAACUGCCGGCUCCGCUACUGCUUCUGCCACCGCCCCGCCACCUCCUUCCACUUCCUCCUCUUCCUCCUCGUCAUUCUCGUCGUCCUCCUCCUCGUCGUUUGUCAGUGCUACCGCGGGAACCGCCGGUGGUGGCGGCGGUGGUUGUGGCGGUAGCGGUUGUGGUGGUGCUGGAAUGGUGGGCGGCGGCAGCGGCGGACCGUCCGUGCCGGCGCCCCCGUGCGCGGCCGAGGUGGCGCCGGGGAUGGGGAUGCUGGCGGCCGGCUACGAGGACUCGCGGGUGAUGUUGUGGAGCCUGGGGCCACGCAAGCUGCGCACUGCACGGCACAACGUGGACGUGGCGCGCGUCAACCUCGCGUGCGACAUCCUGGACGACAAGGUGGUUGAGGACAGCAAAGGCAGCGACGUGAAGACGCUGCGCGCCCACUCAGGUCCCGUCUACGCCGUGCGCUUCCUGCCCGGCGGUGCGGGGCUGCUCUCGUGCUCCGAGGACACGAGCGUGCGCUUCUGGGACCCACGCACAUUCACCAACACCGCCGUCUACCAAGGACAUGCGUACCCUGUGUGGGACGUGGACGUGAGCGCCCUGGGCCUGUACUUCUGCAGCGGCUCGCACGACCGCACGGCCCGCCUCUGGGUGCCCGAGCGCGCCUUCCCACUGCGCGUCUACGCAGGCCACGUGUCGGACGUGAACGUCGUGCGCUUCCACCCCAACGGCAGCUACGUUGCGACGGGCUCCGCCGACCGCACGGUGCGCCUGUGGAGCACCCAGCAGGGCUCGGCGGCACGCCUCUUCACGGGCCACCGGGGCACCGUGCUGGCACUCGCUUUCUCCCCCGGAGGGCGCCUGCUCGCGUCCGGCGGGGAGGACCAGCGCGUCCGGCUCUGGGACAUCGGCAGCGGCGCCAUCGUCAAGGAGCUACGCGGACACUCGGACGACAUCACCUGCCUGAGCUUCAGCCCCGACGGCAGCGCGCUGGCAUCCGGCUCUUCCGACGGCUCGGUGCGCGUGUGGGAUGUGCGUGGAGCCUCCACGAAUCCUGGUGGUGGCGGCGGCAGCGGAACUGGCGGCGGUGGAACUGGCGGCGGUGGCGGAACUGGGGCGGCCGGGGGCGGCGGCGGCGCUGCGUUCGCGGCCGACGUCGAUGCGACCGAGAUCACGGGCGCGGCGCCAUCGACGCGGAUUUGCACGGCGCUCAACGUGCAGUUCAUGGCCUCCAACCUGCUGCUGGUGAGCGCCGUCACGAGGGACGAGCCCGCCGGUGGCACGUGACGGCGCGCCUAGGGUGGAGGGGGGGGUGACUUGGCCAGUUUGGCGCGCUCGCGAUUGAUCGCUGAUUGAUGCCCGGCGCUCUUGUGGUUUGGAUGCUGGUUUGACACUGGUGCGUCAUGGUUGAUUGAUGGUUCACACUGCUCCUUUGUGGUCGGUGCUUGGCGCUGCUGGUGCUUUAAUCACGAAUGAUCGAUAGUUGAGGCUGUCCUCUCAAAAUUGGCUGGUCAUAGAGAUGGCUCUCUCAUGAUUGGUUAAUGCUUUUGACAUGGAGCAUUCGUGAUUGGCAAGUGCAUAUGAACACUCUCCUGCGAUGGACAAGUGUUCAAGAUCACUCUCUUGUCAUUGGUUAGAUGGUUUGACAUUGGCUUCACGUGAUUGGUUGGCGAUUUAACAUUGCUCGCUUAUAAAGGACCAAAAUGUUCACGUUAACGGGCUUGGCUCGAAUCUUCCAGAGUGCCUACCAAUAAGCACCACCUCCACGAAACUUGGCCUCCGCACCUCAUAUUCAAUCGUUGAACUUGCAACUUCAUUUGGAACUCUCUUGGUUUCAUGCCAUAAUGGAGCGUUCCGUACAGCAGUACACCACAGUCCAAAGUGCAGCUCCGUGAAUGUGUCUUUUGUAAAUAUCACAUAAAGCAUUUCAGCACUCGCAUGAAAUGUAUAAGUGAGUUGGCAUAUUUUGCCUCCGACCAAAUCAUGCUGAAUAUGUCAAUAGUUGUCAGGUCUCGGAAGCUAUGCAGGCUUGAGCCUUAUCGUGGCUACACAAGGCUGUCUUAGACUGCUACGUGUUGUAGCUCUGGUGGUCAAUAGAUGGCAGUAGAGCAAUGCAUUCUUGAAUGUGUUUUAUUGAGCUUUGAGCAUUAGCCCGUCUUCAGAUUAUCAAGUGUACUCCCACAGGCCAAACUCUUGUCUAAGCAUCCGAAAAGUUUUGAGUAUCAGUAAAGAUCGUAUGGGUAAUUAAAGGGUAGUAUUAUUAUAGUGACUGCAUUCAGCUCUGUGUACAUUAAAAGUGCCAAAGGGGAAUGUACAGCGCUGGCUAAGGGUUGCAGGUGGAUAUGACCACCACCUCCACACUCGUUUGGACAGAGGGACGCUUGACAGCCAUCAUCAGCCAUGUUCUAUCCACUGCUGGAUGAAGGGGGUCAUCAUUUCUCACGAUCCCGCGGUGCAACAAAGAAUAAAGCUGUCCUCCAAACAAGCCGAUGUCAUCGCUCCAUAUUCAUGGCGGUUGUCCUCUUGGGCAUGUUUUCUCCUUGCAAGCCCCUCCCUCGUUAGCCUCGACCACUGGCUAUAAAUUCCUGGCCAGCGUCGUGUCCUGCUCAAGCUCGCGUGUAACGUUCACAAUGAUGUCUUCAACUUGCGGUUGUUCUCCGAUUCAUGCGUUUGUCUGUCUCGGUGUUAAUCCGAGCAUGCACCCUCGCCAUGCUUAUCUGCGCACUUUACAGCAUUUGUUACAUUUCCAUUGUCAGUGUCUACGGUCCCAGAUACCAUUGUAUGUAAUACGCACUGAUUGAAAACUUUUUUUGUUAAGCACAUUGGCUUGUUGCUUUUCAUUGCCAAUUCGAAUUUUCCAAACCACACUAACAUGGUCUCGUUUGCCUCCUAAUUUCAUUGAUUAGUGUUCCAGUCCAUCUUCAAUAGUUUCCCUAAUGUAUAUAUUUACGUGCUGAUAUUUUCCCAGUUGUGCUACUGCAACGAAUUGUUAUAUAUGAAAUUUGUUUUGCUCAAGAUGAAUUUGUAAAUAAGGGCCUUUAUUUUAAUAAACAAUAGGUCGGAUCUCCAUCCUGGUUUAAAUCUUAAAAAAUAUGGCAAUAGAUAUAGAUGCAGUACAAAAAGUCAAUUAUUCGUGAAGGAAAACUUCUACUCAAUCGCAAAGUCUAAUUUUGGCAGGGUACUGCUUAGACCGGUUGUAGAUUCAUUCUAUUCAGCAUUUGUAUAUGUUGUCAUGUCGUGUCAUUGAGCCCUCGUCUAUUCAAGUGGGUCGUAGUAGUAAUGAAUUCACAGUGUCUCUACGCUAAAACGAAAAUUACGUGGCGCGCAUUUCCUUUGGAGGUGCUGAGCCGGUGGAGGAAAUUCCACAUUCUCGUGGCCGGGGGGAGAGGGUGGGCAAGUUAUGAAACAUAUCUACUGUUGACCUUCCCCACAGUGGUGCUCAUCGUAUCAGCCCCAACGGGAUCGUGGGACCAGUUGAUCCGUGACUGGGAUUUGAACCCUCAGCCAUAUGUUUGUUGAGUGCUCUUAAGCACAACUCCUCUAUGUCGGAUUUAUAUAUGAAAUAAAUAACUGAAUGUAAUGGACAUGGUCCCUCCAACUAAGUAUGUCUAACUGCCAUUUAGAAACGAUGUAGUUGUGUAUCAUAGUUGUCUUAAGGUUUACGUUAAUUUUUUUUACUUUUUCUGUUGUCUUAUUCCCCCCGAACGGUAUUGUAUUUUUGUAUGGAAAGUACAGUGGUUGUGUACAAAAUAGUUAAAUUAAAUGAUUUCAUUUGCCACGCAUUUACAACUUGUGUUAAAAUGUGACUCAUUUUUAUAUUGCAAAUAAAUUGGUGGGUUUGCCUCGUCACUGACAGGAAACAUGAGAGGUGAUCGUUAAGUCUUUGCGUGACGUAGAAGCAUUGGGGCUACAAUAAAUAGAAAAUGCUUAGUUAAAGUACAAUAUUCUUAAGUAGCGUUAUGCAAAAUUUCAAAGCAAUGGAUUAAAUGCAGAUUUUUUUUACAAGUUUUCUUUGUAGUUUAACCGGGAAAUUCUCAGCGUGUCUUAAGAAUUAAUUCUCAUGAGGGUCCUGUAUUGGAACCUUUGGCCGGGUCUGUAGCAAAUUUUUUUUUUGCAAGUAAUUGUGUGUGAGCUGAGAAAUUUAGCAAUCUGGCAAAACUAUUGAAAAUUGAAUUCUUCAGAAAACCCAUACUCCUAAUAACUGGCUCCAAGUGACUUACAAAUAUUUCCACACGUAAAAAAAUAUCUAGAUGUCUAAUGUGCGUGAAGAAGACAGGGAUAAAUCAUUGUAUGUUAUCUGCUCUGACGUUGAUCAGAAAUGGAAGAAAUGCUAAAAACGUAUCAAGGGAUGCAUUCUUGGAAUUGCACUGAGACAAAAAUGGAACAAACGGAUCAGGGAGCCAACACAAAUUAUAGAUGGUGUUUUCACUCUGAAGGAUAAUAAUUGGGCUUGGGCAGGAUGCAUCGUGAGGAGGGAAUAUGGCCAUAGGAUGCGACUGGUCAUGGAAUGGCAGCUAAAGGGGGACACGUGUCUCAGAGGUUGACGAGCGUGGAGAUGGAGUGAUGCCAUCAGUACACGUGCAGGAGUGAGAUUAAUUAUUCCUCAAUACAUUGAGGGAUGGCAAUGGCAGGCGGAGGCCUUAAUCCAGCAGCGGAUAUGAAAACCAUGGUUCAUGAUGAUGAAGACGGUGAUAAAUUAGUAAUAAAACAGUUGCACGUGCCGC